UAUCAGUCAGUGAGCCCGUUGGCACAGGAAAGAUUGAAAGUGACACACAGUGAUUAGAACCCGGUCCUCUGCGCCGCUGGGAAACUCCGGUGUUCGCUUUUGGGUUCAGGUUUGCGCUUUGUUUCAUUUCUCCCGGACUGUAUUGUUUUGUUCCUCGGGCUGCGUCGCGUUACUUUUUGGUUUUGGAGUUGCGCUUUUCCUUCGAGGAUGAGUUCAGAGCAGAGCUGACAGAGAAACGCGCAAAGAAGCAGGGAACAAAAACGCACGAACACAUCAAAUCUGUGCGACCGGUAACUCGGUCCACCUCUCCGGGACUCACCGCUGCUUCUGGUGCUGACAAACUCUCAUCCUCCGUCCGCCCACCAUCUGCGCCCACUCCGCUGCUUUGCGCGCAAUCCGCACACACCAAACACACACACUCACCGCCGCCUCCUGCAGUCACUAACUUUUUUGUUUUUCCUCUGUGGAUCUCCGGUCCGGCUCAGAUUCAACACAACACCAGCGUGAUCCGCCGCGUCUCCAGGAGCCGAACCACAGCCCAGCCCUGGAUUCAAUACUCCUGAUCAAUGGACAGAGCCUCCUCAGCGGCCAGCAGCGCUACAGACACGCCGUAAACAACUCAUUCUCUCUGGCUGGAGCUCCUCUGGGGGUCUGGAGGAGGAUGGAGCGAGGAGGGGAGAGUCCCAUCACCCAGGACAGUCCUGAGCGGAGGGGAGGCAGCCCAGACCUCAGCGGCCUCCCACCGCCGGGGAAGAAGGGCCGGUUGGAGCUCAACGGAAGCCCCACCGGGCCACGUAUUCGCCACAACGGAGCCCCACCAAGACCCCUCGGAGGUCUGAUGAUUCCGGUCUUCUGUGUGGUGGAGCAGUCAGACGGUGGGAUGCCGACAGACGGAUGUGAGGGAAGAGAGGAGCAUGCAGAGUUUGUCCUGGUCAGGAAGGACAUUCUCUUCUCUCAGCUGGUGGAGACGGCUCUGCUGAACCUCGGCUACUCCCACAGCUCGGCCGCACAAGCCCACGGUAUCAUCAAGGUGGGAAGGUGGAACCCUCUGCCCAUCCACUUUCUGACCGACGCUCCAGAAGCUACAGUCGCCGACAUGUUGAUGGAGGUUUACCACAUGGUCACGCUACGUAUUCAGCUACAAAGUUUUUCAAAGCUGGAGGAUCUGCCCUGCGAACAGUGGAACCAUGCGACUGUCAGGAACGCUCUCAAAGAGCUGCUGAAGGAGAUGAACCAAAGUACUCUGGCCAAAGAGUGUCCUCUAUCACAGAGUAUGAUUUCCUCCAUAGUGAAUAGCUCCUACUAUGCCAACGUCUCCACUGCCAAAUGUCAAGAGUUUGGUCGCUGGUACAAGAAGUAUAAGAAAAUAAAAGUAGAUUACCUGGAGAAGAUGUGGUCUGGACGAGAUGCUGCUGACAUCAAAAUUGAGAGAGACAACAUUUCGGACUUCUGUGUGCUGGGUCAGAGGCCUCCUCCUCCUCACCUGGCCAGCCUGGCUCAGCUCAGCCACCUGGGGGCCGGCAGCCCUCUCCUCAAAGCAGGCUCUGGAGAUCCACAGGCUCCCUCCCAGCCACCCCAGCAGCCUCCUCCUCCUCCCCAGCAGCAGCCCUCACCUCACGGCCCCCUCCACCACAGCCCUCCUCUCCGUACGGGGCAGGUGCCUCCUCCUCCGCCGCCACCUCCUCCUGGAGCCCUGCAGCCCCUGCUGGGUCCAGGCGGGCUACUCUCCCCUCAGCUAUCUCCGCAGCUGGUUCGCCAGCAGCUCGCCAUGGCCCACCUCAUCAACCAGCAGCUCGCCGUCAGCCGCCUGCUGGCCCACCAGCACCCCCAGGCCAUCAACCAGCAGUUCCUCAACCACCCGCCCAUCCCUCGAGGUUCGUCCAAAGCCGGCGCUGACCAUCCUGGGAGCAACCCCUCGGCCGCUGAGGUCUCCUCCGAAAUCUACCAGCAGGUCAGAGACGAGCUGAAGAGAGCAAGCGUCUCCCAGGCUGUGUUUGCCAGAGUGGCUUUCAACCGCACACAGGGCUUGCUGUCAGAAAUCCUGAGGAAGGAGGAGGAUCCACGCACAGCCUCACAGUCUCUGCUGGUAAAUCUGAAAGCCAUGCAGAACUUUCUGAACCUGCCCGAGAGCGAGAGAGACCGGAUCUACCAGGAGGAGAGAGAGCGAACCAUGAACCCCACAGUGGGCCUUCCUGCCUCCAACUCCUCCAGCCCUGGAGCUCCACGACUCUCACAGAAAGUGUGGGAGAGGAGCUUGGAUGACCAGAUAACCCCUGAUACCUGGGCCUCCAUCUGGAAGAACAAGACUAAGAUCUCCAACUCUCCAAAGCCGUCUGGCCCGGCCCCCGACCUCUCACUGAAGCUGGAGUCGCUGGUCAACAUUACGUCAGGCAUCUAUGACGAAAUCCAGCAGGAGAUGAAGAGAGCCAAGGUGUCCCAGGCUCUGUUCGCAAAGGUGGCAGCCAACAAGAGCCAGGGAUGGCUGUGUGAGCUGCUUCGGUGGAAGGAGAACCCAAGCCCGGAGAACCGCACGCUGUGGGAGAACCUGUGCACCAUCCGGAGGUUCCUGAUGCUGCCGCAGGCCGACAGAGACCUGGCGUACGAGGAGGAGUCCAGACACCACCACACCGAGAGGCUGCACACCGUCCUCCACCUGCCACAGGACACACAGCUCUUUUGUCUUUCUCGUCAGGCACUUCACAGGCCACCCCCAGCCCCAAUGAAGGAGCACCACCUGUCCCCGAUGCGUGAGGAGCCGUUAUCUGCCCCAGUGAAUGAGGAGAGGUCCCAGACUGUUGGAGCAGGAGCUCCAGGUGGAUGUCCACCCAGUACAGUUGGCAGUGCCGGGAGCAACAAGAAGCCACGAUCUCGAACUAAGAUUUCACUGGAGGCCUUGGGAAUCCUACAGAGUUUCAUCCAGGAUGUUGGUCUGUACCCUGACCAGGAGGCCAUCCACACCUUAUCAGCGCAGCUCGACCUCCCCAAACACACCAUCAUCAAGUUCUUCCAGAACCAGCGCUACCACGUCAAGCACCACGGCCGCCUCAAGGAGCUGGGCGAGGGGGCCACUGCCAGUGGGGGCGUCGACGUCAGCGAAUACAGAGAAGAGGAGCUUCUUUCAGGCUCAGAAGACCCAGAGUCGAGUGAAGAUGGAGCCGAGGAGAUCUACCAGACCACAGAGGGGAACAGUGGGAGCACAGGGGGGCUGAGCCAGCCCCCAGCCUCCUCCAGCUCCAAUUCCAGCCAGUCGUCCUCAGGGACCAGCGUGGCUCAGGAGGAGGGCAAGGACAAGGGGCAUGGCCGCCUCGGUGGCCCUCUGGCCCCCGGGAGCUCCUCAUCCAGUCCCAGAGAGCAGGCCGACUACCAGAGGUAGAGACUGACAAGCAGAGAGGAGAGGACAGAGAUAAAGAGAGAGGGAGAAGAAACUGGAAAUGGUCCGUGAAACGAGGAACUGAUGAGGAUGGCAGCAUAGAAAACUGUGUGAGAGGUCUAUGCAGGCACAUUAACCAAGAAACCAUUAGGCUGAAAUACUGCACAUCGCCGAGACUGUGACACAGUGACAAUCUCAGAUUUGUGGAGUGAAAUUACCUCAGUAAAAAGACAGCAGGUUACAGCAGUAGUUGUAUAAAUGUGAAAGAAAGUUUCCCCAGAAAUGUUUAAAUAAUUCAGAUUCUCAUUAGACUCUUGCUGCCGACUGAAACAAUCACACAACUUUCCUCUAAUCAGCCAGAAAAGAUGCUCCUCCUCUCUAAACUCUGAGCACAGCCACACGGGACAUAACUCCCUACAUGCCGGGCUGAAUUUGCCCUAAAUAUUGACUGGACCCUGGGACAUUCAGAGACCUCUGCAAUCCUACAAACCCUCAGGACACACACUGACGUUGCUAAUGCUUUUACCUGCCUGACAAUGGGGGUAGAUGGGACUCGCCGUGCAUCUCCUGCACCCGCCUCACCAUCCAGAAUCACUACCAGCCCUAUCUAGCACUUAAGACACUGAUACUUUGUGGAUGUGCUGUACUCUUGCCUCCCUUGUUCUCUGCCUGCCUGCCUGCCUCUCCUCUCGAGGCUUUUAAAAACUGUGAGGUGGACAGUCUGGCAGGAUCAAGAGGAUGUGGCGUGGAGGGACACUCGGGCCGUCCUGGCACCACCCGAGAAAAAAAAAAAAAAGUCAAGAAAGCAAAGACAGAGUGGAGAUUCAGCAACCAAACAAUCAGUCACUUUAUGUGCGGUAGUCCACCCCUUCCACUCUUCCUCUCCAUCACCCUUUCCUCUCUCUAAUUGGUGCCCACAGUCUUGUGUUUCACCACACCUACCCGCACUUAAACUUCACCAACCCUAUUUAUUGCUAUCUUUAUCCAUGAUUAUUAUUAUCAUUAUUGUUAUUAUUGUUGUUAUUAUGGUUAGAAUUGCUGUCAUCGCGUGCUAUUUUUAGUUUUUAUUUCCAUGGUUUUUAAAUAUUGGUUUUCAGAGCAGGGCGGUUGUUUGGAUAACAAGAGAUGUUAAAAUAAAAGUGCUCUGCCCUAAAGGAAGAAGAGGAAGAAAAGGAGAGUGGAAGAAAAUAAAAAGAAGCAGUUACUGAGUGUUAUUGGGUAAAGAAAAAAAUGUCCUUUCAUGUUGUAUUAUGCCAUUUUUUUAUAGUUCUGUUUCCCAAAAACAGUAAAUAAGAUUUGUUGAGAAGAGAAAUGUGCUUUUUUUGCUGCAGUUGAUGACAAUCUACUUUUUGAGCCAUUAAAGAAAAGUGGCAGGUUUGACUCUGUUCUUCACUUUAAAUGUCUGUAAAUACCCAAAUGGGAUAAAUUGUUAUUGAUAUACUUUUAUUUUUGAGUGACUUCAAGUGUUUGAGCCAGUUUGGAGAGUGAAAUCAGUUCAUUUUAUUGUGCCGGGCAAAUUCAAUCACUAUUUAAAAAGAAUUCAAACUCUUUUGUUCGAUGUCUGGUGCAGUUGUGUAACUAUACAGUAUGUUGGAAACAAUAUCUGAGCACGGAUGGCGCUUUGUUCUGCUAUCCUGAUCGGCUGCUACACUCAAACGGACGACCUGCCUUUUUAAUUUCACUCUAUAUGAUGAUAUUGUGCUUUUCUGUAUGACAGGAAUCAGGGUUUAGACUCAAAUGCAGUUAAAUGAAAUCAACCAGUGUUGAAGUGAAUUAAAAUUUGUGAAUUCAGAAA